AUGGAUGCUGUUCCCCAGGGAGUGGUCAGCAGAGAGCAGGGGAAGGAGGAGGCACUUACUCCAAUCAGAAUCGGCGUGGUCGGACCUCCAGCUGUGGGAAAAACCACCGUUUCAGAAAAGCUCUGUAAUCAUUAUAAAAUUCACCACAUCAGGAUCAGAGAGGUCAUCGAGGAGAAGAUCAAACAGCUGAAAGAGAUAGUUGAUGGAGCUGACCCUGAAAGUGCCAGUGAAGACUUAGCGGUUGAUGCUGCACAGACACAACUGGAAAUCUGUAACAAAAGCAUGGAAAUGAAUGCAGGGCGACUGGCUGACUAUCUGGUUUUUGACAUUUUGCAAGAAAAGCUGAAUUCGCCGCCAUGCAGGAACCAAGGAUUCGUUCUCGAUGGCUUCCCCAAGACCUACGAGCAAGGAAAGCUGAUUUUCUCUGAGGAGGACCCAGAGAACCAGGAUGUGAUGAUCAAAGCACCUUUAUACAUCAAGAAGAUCACCCCAGAGCAUGUUUUCGCCCUCAAUGCGACGGAUGGCUUUCUGACGCAGAGAGCUCGGGGGCUUCCACAGAGCGUGGCAGAGGAGAUGAGAUACACCGAGGAGGAGCUUUCCUCUCGCCUGACCAGAUACAGAGAGCUCAGUGCCGCCGAGGAAACUCUGCUGGACUACUUCGAUGAGCUCGAGAUUCACCCAGAACAUAUUGAGGUCACUACAGAUGAUCCAGAGUACGCAGACGUUGUGAAGAAGAUCACAGAGCUGGUGGGGGUUCCUAAAAACUAUGGGCUGAGUCGGGAGGAGAAGAAGGAAGAGGAGAGAAACAAGGAGGAAGAGAGGAAACAGAAAGUGGCUGCAGAGGCUGCUGAGAGGAAACGCAGGAACGAGGCAGCGCUGGCCGAGAUGGCUGCUCAGUACGACGAGUGGCAGGAGAAUUUGUCAGAGGUGCAGCGGCAGGAGAAGGAGCUUCACGACGCUCACUCGCUUCCUCUGAGGAAUUACCUGAUGAAGUACGUGAUGCCCUCGCUCACUGCGGCCAUGACAGAGUGCACCAGGAUCAAACCAGAGGACCCCGUGGACUUUCUGGCUGAACAUCUCCUACGGAAAAACCAACAAGAAUGACGAGGAAAUGACCCGAUAGAUGAUUUAGCCAUUGGUAUUUUCUUACUUGAACCUCUUGCGUCGUGCUAAAUAUCAAUAAGAAUGAUAUGUAAAAAAGUGUACUGUAAUUAAGAAAUGUGAUAUACUUACAUUUAGUCCAUGUCAUUUGUCUAAAUAGUUCAAUAUGAAAACUUGAAUGUAAUGUAGAGAAAAUAUUAAUUAAUGUAUUUCUUGCACGUUAUGUGAUUCAUUAAACUUUCAUUUUGGCUACAAGAUACAACUGUGCAUGCAGAAUGUGAAAUCUCAGGGUUCAACUUGAAGUCUGCUCUUUCAACACAAGGUGGUGCAGACAUCCUACCAAACAAAAGCUAUAUGUCACAAGCUAUAAAAGCUUCUUGGAUUAAAGUGUCUCUAUAAGUAUGUUUUUCAAUUCCACUUAUAGACGAGAGAGUUCUCAUGUAGUUGGAUGCUUUGAAAAUGUGUCAUGCUUUGCUGUGCUUUUAUAAAAAAUUAGUCGGGUGGGGGGAAAGGGCCUUUGUUAUAAAAUGGGUCAUAAAAUAAGAACGUUUGGCUCUAAUUGUUGUGGAAAUAAAGUGGU